AUGCCGGUCCAUUCUGCAGUGUAUAUCGGUACGGCAUUUGUGGCCGGUGUCUCUCUGGCACUCGUAUGUAGAGAGGUGCUCUACUCCAAUGAUCGUCCCGAAAAACCAGCAGACUCCAAGCCAGCAUCAGAUACACUUGUCGCCCGGUCAGGGCCUCCGGCAAUCGUCGAGGGUAUUCAAGGAUGUAUUGGAAAUACACCCUUGUUCCGCAUCAAGUCUCUAUCAGAUGCAACAGGAUGUGAAAUCUUGGGCAAAGCUGAAUUUUUGAAUGGUGCCGGGCAGAGCUCGAAGGAUCGUGUAGCACUUAGUAUGAUUGAGAUUGCCGAAGAGAACGGCAUUUUAACGCCAUACUCUGGCGACACGAUUUAUGAGGGCACAUCUGGAUCAACUGGAAUCUCUCUUGCAACUCUUGCUCGUGCCAAAGGAUUCUUGGCUCAUAUCUGCAUGCCUUCAGACCAAGCAAUUGAAAAAUCAAAUCUACUCCUGAAGCUAGGCGCCAUCGUCGACCGCGUGCCUCCAGCUCCCAUUGUCGAAAAAGAGAACUUUGUCAAUCGCGCACGAGCACUCGCCCAAGCGCACACGGAAUCAACCACAGUCCCAGUGACCUCUGAAGACAACGGCCAUCUAGAGACGCACGAGCUCAAAGUCCGUGGCCGUGGUUUCUUCGCAGACCAAUUCGAGAACGAGGCUAACUGGCGCGCUCACUACGCCGGCACUGGUCCAGAAAUCUAUGCUCAAUGUAAUGGCAGGAUUGACGCUUUCGUGGCUGGUGCAGGCACUGGCGGCACUAUCUCUGGCGUGGCGCGGUAUCUGAAGCCCCUGCUUCCUGAUAUUACCAUUGUACUUGCAGAUCCGCAAGGGAGCGGACUGUAUAACCGUGUGCGAUAUGGCGUUAUGUUUGAUUUGAAGGAACGGGAGGGUACGCGCCGACGGCCGCAAGUCGAUACCAUCGUCGAGGGAAUUGGCAUUAACCGUGUCACUGCGAACUUCGAGGCUGGGAAGGAGUUGGUUGACGAUGCGGUGCGUGUGACAGAUGCUCAAGCACUGGCUAUGGCUCGAUGGCUAGUUGAGAAGGAUGGAAUCUUCAUUGGAAGUAGCAGUGCCGUAAAUUGCUUCGCUGCGGUCAAGACGGCACAGAAGCUUGGCCCGGGUCACCGCAUUGUGACGGUGUUGUCCGACUCUGGGUCACGGCACUUGUCGCGGUUCUGGGCCAAAGCUGGGGAUGUUGGAGGAGCUGUUGAUACGAAGUUGGAGGAUGUGCUUAAUGCCCGUGAUGAGGACUUUCAAUAG